GAGCCAAUGGGCGCGGGUGUCUGCCAGGAGAGGGCUGGCUGCGCCGCGGCGCGCGCGAUCCGGCUGACGCAUCUGGCCCCGGUUCCCCCGGACCAGAGCCGGGCCCGGAGGGAGGGGAAGAGGCGAGAGCGCGGAGGGCGCGCGUGCGCAGUGGUGCGGGGAGGAGCAGGGAUCUUGGCAGCGGACUAGGAGGCUGCGAGCCAGCCGCGAACCGAGCGGGCGGCGGGCGCGCGCACCAUGGGGGAGAAACCCGGCACCAGGGUCUUCAAGAAGUCGAGCCCUAACUGCAAGCUGACCGUGUACUUGGGCAAGCGGGACUUCGUAGAUCACCUGGACAAAGUGGACCCUGUAGAUGGCGUGGUGCUUGUGGACCCUGACUACCUGAAGGACCGCAAAGUGUUUGUGACCCUCACCUGCGCCUUCCGCUAUGGCCGAGAAGACUUGGAUGUCCUGGGCUUGUCGUUCCGCAAAGACCUGUUCAUUGCCACCUACCAGGCCUUCCCCCCAGUGCCCAACCUGCCCCGGCCCCCCACACGCCUGCAGGACCGGCUGCUGAGGAAGCUGGGCCAGCAUGCCCACCCCUUCUUCUUCACAAUACCCCAGAAUCUGCCAUGCUCUGUCACACUGCAGCCAGGACCAGAGGAUACAGGGAAGGCCUGCGGCGUAGACUUUGAGAUUCGAGCCUUCUGUGCUAAAUCACUAGAAGAGAAAAGCCACAAAAGGAACUCUGUGCGGCUGGUGAUCCGAAAGGUGCAGUUCGCCCCGGAGAAACCCGGCCCCCAGCCUUCAGCUGAAACCACACGCCACUUCCUCAUGUCUGACCGGUCCCUGCACCUCGAGGCAUCCCUGGACAAGGAGCUGUACUACCAUGGGGAGCCCCUCAAUGUAAAUGUCCACGUCACCAACAACUCCACCAAGACCGUCAAGAAGAUCAAAGUCUCUGUGAGACAGUACGCCGACAUCUGCCUCUUCAGCACCGCCCAGUACAAGUGUCCUGUGGCUCAGCUCGAACAAGAUGACCAGGUAUCUCCCAGCUCCACGUUCUGUAAGGUGUACACCAUAACCCCGCUGCUCAGCGACAACCGGGAGAAGCGGGGUCUUGCCCUGGAUGGGAAGCUCAAGCACGAGGACACCAACCUGGCUUCCAGCACCAUCGUGAAGGAGGGUGCCAACAAGGAGGUGCUGGGAAUCCUGGUGUCCUACAGGGUCAAGGUGAAGCUGAUAGUGUCUCGAGGCGGGGAUGUCUCUGUGGAGCUGCCUUUUGUUCUCAUGCACCCCAAGCCCCACGACCACAUCCCCCUCCCCAGACCCCAGACAGCCGCUCCAGAAACAGACGUCCCUGUGGACACCAACCUCAUCGAAUUUGAUACCAACUAUGCCACAGAUGAUGACAUUGUGUUUGAGGACUUUGCCCGGCUUCGGCUGAAGGGGAUGAAGGAUGACGACUAUGAUGACCAGCUCUGCUAGGAAGGGGGGCUGGAGGAAGGGAGUGGAUGGUGCUGGAAGAGGUAGGGGCAGGAACAAGACCCCCACUGUCAUUGGGGGGUUGUCCCAGCCUCUUUUCCCUUCCCCUCCACCUGGCAGCUUCUUCAACCAACCCCUUCAGUCUCUCCCUCCCGUCCCCCCAAGAUAUGCACUGGACCCAUCUCUUGCUGAAUGUGGGCAUUAAUUUUUCGACUGCAGCUCUGCUUGUCCAGCCCCGCAGUGGGUGGCAAGCUGUGUUCAUACCUAAAUUUUCUGGAAGGGUACAGUGAAAAGAGGAGUGAUAGGAGGGAAAGGGGGAGACAAAACUCCCACAUUCAAGUUCACACCAACACCUUCCAUGCUCACUCUCUCUGCCUCCAUUCCUUCAAGAGGAGACCCUUCAGGACAAGGCCAUUUCUUUGUUUCUGUGCAUAAAGAAGAAAAUAAAUCUUUUACUAGGCAUGA